GUGUCUUUUCCGCCGACAUUGCUUUAUCCCAGGCGCCGCAAAGGCAGCGUGAGAUGCUUGGGAGAGCGGCAGGCGGCUCAUCAGGGUGGUCGACAAUCACGCCUUUCGAGGCAUUUCGUCUCUGUUGCUCAUUUGGAGACCCCGACGAGUUCAACGAGCCGUCCACGCUUCGCCAAGUUGGAAGUGGCACUGAAAAAGAAGGAACACAAUACCUCCCUUGCCUGAAGCUCCUGAACACUUCAGUGAUGGAACCUCUGAGGAGCAGGAACAUCAUCUCUUAAGCCCUUCGUGUUUGCGUUGACCGUUUCCAUGCUCCUCCUUCGUCGGCUGUCAGAACCUGGAAAGUUCGGACUCGGAUUGCCAAAGUGAAACUGAAAGUCAGCGGGAUGCCAGACACAGUAAGUAAGUAAAGAGGAGGAACCCAAAGAUCAGUGCCGCUCAUAGAGUGAGUGCUGUAGCGGCAGCGGGCGGUCGUGUCAGAAGUGCGACAGCGAGAAGUCAAGAAUGGCAGGAAAAGACUACAAUCACCUUUUCAAGCUGCUCAUCAUCGGCGAUUCCAAUGUUGGGAAAAGCAGCCUGCUGCUACGCUUUGCCGACAAUUCCUUCUCUGGAAGUUACAUCACCACCAUCGGCGUGGACUUCAAGAUCAGGACGGUGGAUGUGGAAGGGGAGCGUGUCAAGCUACAAAUUUGGGACACGGCCGGACAGGAGAGAUUCAGGACCAUCACCUCCACGUAUUACAGAAACACGCACGGCGUCAUCAUCGUGUACGACGUGACCAAUCCCGAGUCGUUUGUCAACGUCAAGCGCUGGCUCAACGAAAUCUCUCAAAACUGCGACAGCGUCUGCAAGGUGCUGGUAGGGAACAAGAACGACGACCCGUCCAGAAAGCAGGUGGACACCCAGGACGCGCUGCGCUUCGGGGAGUCGGUGGGGGUGCGCGUGUUUGAGACCAGUGCCAAAGAGAACAUCAACGUGGAAGAGAUGUUCAUGGCCUUCACUCACAUGGUCCUGCGGGCCAAGAAGCAAAGUCAGAGCCGGGCCGAGCGGGAACGUGAGCGCGAGAGGGACACGGUCAACAUCAACGCGCAUCGGGAGCGGGACCGCCGGAAGAGAGCCAAGAAAUGCUGCUGAGAGGAAAAGCACAAGUUUGUUGUUGUAUUGUUCUUUUUUUGUUUGUUUUUUUGCUCAUCAUCUCACGUCCGCACUGACAACUUCAUUGGUGACUACUGUACUAGCGACAUAUUACCACAUGUGAAUACUGGAGUAGCAUUAAUACACACUAGUGCUGGGGCCACACUCAUAAAAUAUACAGCUAAUGUACUAUGAUUU